UCAACGGAACCCUUUAAAUAACAUGAAAAAUACUGAAGAGUAUAAAGUUAUAUCAUGUAUUUCAGACACGAUAUUGCGAAACAGAUAUCCUCACACACAACGUCACCGUCUUGGAACGCAUACACGAAGCAGAAAACAUAAAAUACAGUGUCACGCAAUUUUUGAGCGCAUACUCGAAUCGAGCACAAUACAUAACAGACAACGUCACGCAAUAUUUGAGCGCAUACUGGAAUUGAGCAAAAAACAUGAAAGACAACAUCACGCAAUCUUUGAGCGCAUACUCGAAUCGAGCAGAAAACAUAACAUACAACGUCACGCAAUCUUUGAACGCAUACUGGAAGCGAGCAGAAAACAUAACAGACAACAUCACACACUCUUUGAGCGCAUACUUGAAUUGAGCAGAAAACACAACAGACAACGUCACGCAAUCUUUGAACGCAUACUUGAAUGGAGCAGAAAACAUAACAGACAACGUCACGCAAUCUUUGAACGCAUACUCGAAUCGAGCAGAAAACAUGACAGACAACAUCACACAAUCUUUGAGCGCAUACUUGAAUGGAGCAGAAAACAUAACAGACAACGUCACGCAAUCUUUGAACGCAUACUCGAAUCGAGCAGACAACAUGACGGACAAUGUCA